UGUCAGGUGGCUUUCUCAAAGUCUCAAGUCAUUUCCGCUUAUUCAGCAAUACAAGCCGCAUUCGAGGUAUUCAGCGUCUCAAACAGUUUACUUGGCGAAAUACGGUGUGAAAAUGCCUCUGAAGUAUCCGGAAGCUCGUCGCGAUCUCUCCAACACGGAGGAGUUUUUCGGCAGGCAGAUCACCGACCACUACAGGUGGCUGGAGGAUCCGGAUGCAGCGGAAACGGAGGCCUUCGUGAGUGCCCAGAAUGAGAUCGCCCAGCCGUACUUGGAGAACAACGACGAGUGGAAGGUGAUCAAUGAGAAGCUGACGAAACUGUGGAAUUAUCCCAAGUACAACUGCCCGCUCAAGUAUGGGAACCGCUACUUCUUCAGCCACAACUCAGGUCUGCAAAAUCAGAAUGUGCUGUACACAAUGGACUCCCUCAAUGGGGAGUCCAAAGUCUUCCUGGAUCCCAACACGUUGUCCGAGGAUGGAACUGUGGCCCUCAGUGGGACUUCUUUCUCCGAGGACGGGCGAUUUUUCGCCUAUGGACUGAGUGCAAGUGGCUCAGAUUGGAUCAAAAUCAAAAUCAGGAACGUGGAAACAGGCAAAGACUUUCCUGAGGUGCUGGAAAAAGUGAAAUUCUCCUCAAUGGCGUGGACAAAGGACUGCAAUGGCAUCUUCUACGGACGCUAUCCAGACCAGGAGGGCAAAACCGAUGGCUCGGAAACGCUGAUGAAUGAACACCAGAAGCUCUAUUACCAUCGCGUGGGAACACCUCAGUCCGAAGAUGUCCUUGUGGCGGAAUUCCCAGAGAAUCCCUCAUAUAGAAUUGGUGCAAAUGUCUCGGAUUGCGGCAAAUAUUUAAUACUGCUCAUUGUGAAAGACUGCCGAGAUAAUUUAGUGUACUUCGCAGAUCUGGAAAGUGCCGGACAAAUAAGCGGAAAGUUGCCUUUGAAGCAAAUCAUCCACAAAUUCGAGGCAGAUUAUGAAUAUGUCACCAAUACUGGCUCUAAUGUAGUCUUCCUGACUAACAAGAAUGCCCCAAAUUAUCAUCUUGUCUGCAUUGACUUCAACGAUCCGGCGCCUGAGAAGUGGAAUGUUCUCGUGCCAGAGCAUAAGACUGAUGUGCUGGACUGGGUGGAAUGUGUGCAUCAGAACAAGCUGAUCCUUGGGUAUAUCCAUGAUGUGAAGACGCAGCUUCAGGUGCAUUCGCUGGAAACGGGAAAGCUGAUCCGACACUUUCCAAUAGACGUCGGCACGAUUGUCGGCUGCUUUGGACGGAAGAGCUCAUCUGAGAUUUUCUAUCAGUUCGUCUCCUUUCUCACUCCGGGCAUAAUCUAUCACUACGACUUUGCGGAUGAGUCGAAAGAGCCCACGGUAUUUCGCGAGUGCAAGAUACAGCUGGAAGGCUUCAAGCCUGAGAAUUACUGUGUGGAACAGGUGUUCUAUCCCAGUCGCGAUGGCACCAAGAUUCCCAUGUUCAUCGUGAGGAAGAACACGCCCAGUGUUACGCCGCGACCUUGUCUGCAGUACGGUUACGGUGGCUUUAACAUCUCCAUCCAACCCACAUUCAGUAUCACUGGUCUGAUGUUCGUGGAGUACUUCAAUGGCGUCCUGGCGUUCCCCAACAUUCGUGGCGGUGGCGAGUAUGGUGAAAAGUGGCACAAUGCUGGUCGUCUUCUCAACAAGCAGAACGUCUUCGAUGACUUCCAAGCGGCAGCUGAGUAUCUCGUGGCCAACAAAUACACAACCAAGCCUCAAUUGGCCAUACAGGGCGCUUCCAAUGGGGGUCUCCUUGUGGGCGCUUGUCUGCUCCAACGGCCAGAUCUGUUCGGUGCUGCCGUGGCUCAAGUGGGUGUUCUGGACAUGCUGCGCUUCCACAAGUUCACUAUCGGCCACGCCUGGACCAGCGACUAUGGAGAUCCCGACAAGAAGGAGCACUUUGAUAAUCUGAUCAAGUAUUCUCCACUGCACAAUGUCAAGACGCCUGCCGAUGAAGCCAAUCAGUAUCCGGCCACUCUCAUCCUCACGGCUGAUCAUGAUGAUCGCGUGAGUCCGUUGCACAGCCUCAAGUUUGCCGCCACAAUUCAGCAUGCGGUCAAGGAGUGCGAACACCAGAAGAAUCCUAUUCUGCUGCGCGUGUACAGCAAGGCGGGUCAUGGUGCUGGAAAACCCACGACCAAGAAAAUCGAGGAGGCAACAGAUAUUUUAACGUUCCUCAGCAAGGGUUUCCAGGCAAACCAGUAAGUUGUGGAGUUUAGAUUGAGUUCAGCAUUUCUUCCAUUCUCUCAUCAUGCGUGAGUGAAAUUUGCCAUACUACUUCUAACCGUGAAAUUGUUUGCAUUCAAUUUGUACGCACGUUUUACCGUGCAUUUUAUAUCAAUUGAGCAGCUCUUGCAUAAGUAAUAAUAAAAAGAUUGAAAACAUAAA